UUAACAUUAAGUAAUUUUUAGGAGGAGGUUGCCAUGGGGAUGGUAACUUUUAUAUGUAAAGAGGCCACAUGUUGGUAUACAACAAAUCAAGACACUAUAACAUCUUCUCUUUUUCUUGCUAUUCAUAAUAUAUGAAUCCAACAAAAGCAAUAACAGUGUCAAACAAGUUUAUUAAUAUAAAAUCAGAAAACUAUAAGUCUCUGUGCAGCAAUUUUACGUCCCACCUCACUCUUUACUAAAUAUUUAGUGGUCAGAUUCAUUAGUUCAUAUUUUCUUCCUUUAGAUCAAUGUAGUUGUAGGCUAAGUAGUGAUUACACCAGAUUUUGUAAAAUAACUUGCAGUUCUGACCAUAAGGGUGUUUAAAAAAGCUAGAUGAUCUAAUUCUUUCUGCCAGUAGGUGGAGCUGUCAUGUAAUAUGCUGUCUUUUUUUUUUUUAAACAUUUUUUUUCUCUCCCCCCACCCAUCAGUUUGCUGAUAGAUGUUUGGGACCAUAGAGUGAAUCUCAUAACAGGAAGCUAGGGCAGAGGAGUCAGAAUACUGCAGAGGUUUCUUUGUUGUUGGGUUUUUUUCCCUUUCUUUCAGUGAGGCUAAUAUAAAUAUCAGAGUUACAAGCUUCUUUGCUGAGGGACCUGAACAACUGCAACAGAAGGAGCGUGAUCAUCUACAAGUGUAUGGAUAUAUCUUAUGCUAUGAUUUUUAAUUCUCUUUUUAUCAGCACUUUUUUAUGUGAGAGGCUAAACGGUAAUUAAGAGUGCAGGAUGAAAAGAUGGCACAAUCAGUGCUGGUACCACCAGGACCUGACAGCUUCCACUAUUUCACGAGAGAGUCACUUGCAGCUAUCGAACAACGUAUUGCUGAAGAAAAAGCUAAGAAGUCUAAACAAGAACGUAAAGAUGACGAUGAUGAAAAUGGACCAAAACCAAACAGUGACCUGGAGGCAGGAAAGACACUGCCAUUUAUUUACGGCGACAUACCUCCAGGAAUGGUGUCUGAGCCCUUGGAGGAUCUUGACCCAUAUUAUAUCAAUAAAAAAACUUUUAUAGUAUUGAAUAGAGGGAAGGCAAUCUUCCGAUUCAGUGCCACCUCUGCUGUGUACAUGUUAACUCCCUUCAAUCCUCUUAGAAAAAUAGCUAUUAAAAUUUUGGUACAUUCAUUGUUCAGCAUGCUUAUUAUGUGCACUAUUUUGACCAACUGUGUAUUUAUGACUAUGAGUAACCCUCCGGAAUGGACAAAGAAUGUAGAAUACACAUUCACUGGAAUUUAUACCUUUGAAUCACUUGUAAAAAUUCUUGCAAGGGGCUUCUGUUUAGAAGAUUUUACUUUUCUUCGAGACCCAUGGAAUUGGCUAGAUUUCACUGUCAUUACGUUUGCGUAUGUAACAGAAUUUGUAAACCUAGGCAAUGUUUCAGCUCUUCGAACUUUCAGAGUAUUGAGAGCUUUGAAAACUAUUUCUGUAAUCCCAGGCUUGAAGACUAUUGUGGGAGCCCUCAUUCAGUCUGUGAAGAAGCUCUCGGAUGUAAUGAUCCUGACUGUGUUUUGUCUGAGUGUAUUUGCACUAAUAGGGCUGCAGCUGUUCAUGGGCAACUUGAGGCACAAAUGCUUGCAGUGGCCUCCAGACAAUUCUACUUUAGAAAUAAAUGUUAUUUCCUACUUUAAUAGCACAAUAGGCGAAAAUGGAUCAUUUGUUAAUACAACAGUGAGCACCUUUAAUUGGGAGGAGUACAUCGAGGAUGGAAGUCAUUUUUACUUUUUGGAAGGACAAAAUGAUGCUCUGCUGUGUGGCAAUAGCUCAGAUGCAGGUCAAUGUCCAGAAGGAUAUAUAUGUGUAAAAGCUGGUAGAAACCCCAACUAUGGCUACACGAGCUUUGACACAUUCAGCUGGGCAUUUUUGUCACUCUUUCGACUGAUGACUCAGGACUUUUGGGAGAAUCUUUAUCAGCUGACGCUACGUGCUGCUGGCAAAACAUACAUGAUAUUUUUUGUUCUGGUAAUUUUCCUGGGUUCUUUCUAUCUGAUUAACUUGAUCCUGGCUGUUGUUGCUAUGGCCUAUGAAGAACAGAAUCAAGCAACCAUGGAAGAAGCAGAGCAGAAGGAGGCAGAAUUUCAGCAGAUGCUUGAACAGUUGAAAAAACAACAAGAAGAAGCUCAGGCAGCAGCAGCAGCUGCAGUAGCAGCUGAUUCAAGAGAGUUCAGCGGAGUAGGUGGGGUAGGAGGAUUCUCUGAAAGUUCUUCUGAAGCAUCAAAGUUGAGUUCAAAGAGUGCUAAAGAGAGAAGGAACAGAAGGAAAAAGAGAAAACAGAAGGAACAGUCUGAAGGAGAGGAGAAAGAUGAGGAAGAUUUUCACAAAUCUGAAUCAGAAGAUAGCAUCAGAAGGAAAGGUUUCCGAUUCUCCAUUGAAGGGAACAGGCUGACAUAUGAAAAGAGGUUCUCUUCUCCACAUCAGUCUUUGCUGAGCAUUCGUGGUUCCCUGUUUUCCCCAAGGCGCAGCAGCAGAACGAGUCUUUUCAGCUUCAGAGGUCGAGCAAAGGAUGUAGGAUCAGAAAAUGACUUUGCUGAUGAUGAACACAGCACUUUUGAAGACAAUGAGAGUAGAAGAGGUUCUCUCUUUGUUCCACAUAGACAUGGUGAACGGCGCAACAGUAACAUUAGUCAGUCCAGUAGGUCAUCCAGGAUGAUACCAGCGCUUCCAGCAAACGGGAAGAUGCACAGCACUGUAGAUUGCAAUGGGGUGGUUUCUUUAGUUGGUGGACCUCCAGCUCUCACGUCACCUACUGGACAGCUUCUCCCAGAGGGUACCACAACAGAAACAGAAUUAAGAAAGAGACGGACAAGUUCUUACCAUGUUUCUAUGGAUUUCCUGUCAGAGCCCAGUGCAAGACAAAGAGCAAUGAGUAUAGCCAGCAUACUCACAAACACAAUGGAAGAACUUGAAGAAUCCAGGCAGAAAUGCCCACCAUGCUGGUAUAAAUUUGCUAACACAUGCUUGAUCUGGGAUUGCUGCACUCCAUGGUUAAAAGUAAAACAUAUUGUAAAUUUGAUUGUGAUGGAUCCAUUUGUCGAUCUUGCUAUUACUAUCUGCAUUGUUUUAAACACAUUGUUUAUGGCCAUGGAGCAUUAUCCAAUGACAGAACAGUUUAGUCAUGUGCUUUCAGUAGGAAAUCUGGUCUUUACUGGCAUCUUCACAGCAGAAAUGUUUCUCAAGAUAGUUGCCAUGGAUCCUUAUUAUUAUUUCCAAGAAGGCUGGAAUAUUUUUGAUGGUUUUAUUGUGAGCCUUAGUUUAAUGGAGCUUGGUCUUGCAAAUGUGGAAGGAUUAUCUGUUCUCAGAUCAUUCAGAUUGCUUCGAGUUUUCAAGUUGGCAAAAUCUUGGCCAACACUGAAUAUGCUGAUAAAGAUUAUCGGUAAUUCAGUGGGGGCUUUGGGAAAUUUGACGUUGGUGCUGGCCAUCAUUGUCUUCAUUUUCGCUGUGGUUGGUAUGCAGCUAUUUGGUAAAAGCUACAAGGAAUGUGUCUGCAAGAUCUCCAAUGACUGUGAACUUCCACGCUGGCACAUGCAUGACUUCUUCCACUCUUUCUUGAUUGUAUUCCGAGUACUAUGUGGAGAAUGGAUAGAGACUAUGUGGGAUUGUAUGGAGGUUGCGGGGCAAGCCAUGUGCCUUAUUGUUUUCAUGAUGGUCAUGGUGAUUGGAAACCUAGUGGUACUCAAUCUCUUUCUGGCUUUACUGCUGAGCUCAUUUAGUUCAGACAACCUUGCGGCUACAGAUGAUGAUAAUGAAAUGAACAAUCUCCAAAUUGCAGUGGCAAGGAUUCAGAAGGGAAUAGAUUAUGUGAAAAGAAAAGCACGUGAAUUCAUCCAAAAAGCCUUUGUUAGAAAGCAGAAAGCUUUAGAUGAAAUCAAGCCUCUUGAAGAUCUAAACAACAAAAAAGACAGCUGCAUUUCCAACCACACUGUCAUAGAAAUAGGUAAAGACCUUAACUAUCUUAAAGAUGGGAAUGGAACUACCAGUGGCGUAGGCAGCAGCGUGGAAAAAUAUGUCGUCGAUGAAAGUGAUUAUAUGUCAUUCAUAAACAAUCCAAGCCUCACUGUGACAGUACCAAUUGCUGUUGGGGAAUCAGAUUUUGAAAAUUUAAAUACUGAAGAGUUUAGCAGCGAGUCAGAUCUAGAGGAAAGCAAAGAGAAGCUAAAUGCAUCCAGCUCAUCUGAAGGUAGUACAGUUGAUAUCGGACUUCCUCAAGAAGGAGAACAGCCAGAGAUAGAACCUGAAGAAGCUCUUGAACCAGAAGCCUGUUUCACAGAAGGCUGCGUACGGAAGUUCAAGUGCUGUCAAGUCAGCACAGAAGAUGGGAAAGGAAAAAUAUGGUGGAAUCUUAGGAAAACCUGCUACAAGAUAGUUGAACACAACUGGUUUGAGACCUUCAUUGUCUUCAUGAUUCUCCUCAGCAGUGGUGCUCUGGCUUUUGAAGACAUAUACAUUGAACAGCGCAAGACUAUCAAGACCAUGUUGGAAUAUGCUGAUAAGGUCUUCACUUACAUCUUCAUUCUGGAAAUGCUUCUAAAAUGGGUGGCUUAUGGUUUUCAAACCUAUUUCACUAAUGCCUGGUGCUGGCUGGACUUCCUGAUUGUUGAUGUCUCUUUGGUUAGCUUAACAGCUAAUGCCUUGGGCUACUCAGAACUUGGUGCGAUUAAAUCCCUUAGGACAUUAAGAGCUUUGAGACCUCUAAGAGCCUUGUCACGAUUUGAAGGGAUGAGGAGUAUUCAAAUUAAGGCAACAUCCUACCACUAUCAGGUCGUUGUGAAUGCCCUCUUAGGAGCAAUUCCAUCCAUUAUGAAUGUGCUUCUUGUUUGUCUUAUAUUCUGGCUAAUCUUCAGCAUCAUGGGAGUAAAUCUGUUUGCUGGCAAAUUCUACUACUGUGUUAAUACCACAAAUGAUGAGAGGUUUGAUAUCAGCCAAAUCAACAAUUAUAGUCAAUGUGAGGACCUCAUAAACAACAAUGAAACUGCCAGAUGGAAAAAUGUUAAAGUAAACUUUGAUAAUGUAGGACUUGGCUAUCUUUCUCUGCUUCAAGUAGCCACAUUUAAAGGAUGGAUGGAUAUAAUGUAUGCAGCUGUGGAUUCUCGAAAUGUAUUGGAUCAGCCUAAGUAUGAGGACAACCUGUACAUGUAUCUUUACUUUGUCAUCUUCAUCAUCUUUGGAUCAUUCUUUACCCUGAACCUUUUCAUUGGUGUCAUCAUAGAUAAUUUCAACCAGCAAAAAAAGAAGUUUGGAGGCCAAGACAUCUUUAUGACAGAAGAACAGAAGAAAUAUUACAAUGCAAUGAAAAAGCUGGGUUCAAAGAAGCCGCAAAAACCUAUACCUAGGCCAGCGAACAAAUUCCAAGGCAUGGUCUUUGAUUUUGUGACAAAACAAGUAUUUGACAUCAGCAUCAUGAUUCUUAUCUGCCUUAACAUGGUCACCAUGAUGGUAGAAACAGACAACCAAAGUGACGAGAUGCAAGAUAAUUUAUGGUGGAUUAACCUUGUGUUCAUUGUCCUUUUCACUGGAGAAUGUAUUCUGAAACUGAUUUCUCUUCGUUAUUACUACUUCACCAUAGGCUGGAACAUUUUUGAUUUUGUAGUUGUCAUUCUCUCCAUAGUAGGUAUGUUUCUAGCUGACCUGAUUGAAAAAUAUUUUGUGUCCCCCACCUUGUUCAGAGUUAUCCGACUCGCCAGAAUAGGUCGAAUCCUGCGUCUCAUUAAGGGUGCUAAAGGAAUCCGCACUCUGCUUUUUGCUUUGAUGAUGUCUCUUCCUGCUUUGUUUAACAUUGGUCUCCUCCUUUUCCUGGUCAUGUUUAUCUAUGCUAUAUUUGGAAUGUCCAACUUUGCCUACGUUAAGAGGGAAGUUGGGAUUGAUGACAUGUUCAACUUUGAAACUUUUGGCAACAGUAUGAUCUGCCUAUUUCAAAUUACCACAUCAGCUGGUUGGGAUGGUUUGCUAGCACCAAUUCUGAACAGUGGAGAACCAGACUGUGACCCUUACAAAGAUCACCCAGGGAGCUCUGUUAAAGGAGACUGUGGUAACCCUUCAGUUGGGAUUUUCUUUUUUGUCAGUUAUAUUAUCAUCUCAUUUCUAGUUGUAGUAAACAUGUAUAUUGCUGUUAUUUUGGAAAACUUCAGUGUUGCUACAGAAGAAAGUGCCGAGCCCUUGAGUGAGGAUGACUUUGAGAUGUUCUAUGAGGUUUGGGAAAAGUUUGAUCCAGAUGCCACUCAGUUCAUAGAGUUCAGUAAACUCUCUGAUUUUGCAGCUUCACUGGAUCCUCCUCUUCUUAUAGCAAAACCAAACAAAGUUCAGCUUAUUGCAAUGGAUCUUCCCAUGGUAAGUGGUGACAGAAUUCACUGUCUUGACAUCUUGUUUGCUUUUACAAAGCGUGUUUUGGGGGAAAGUGGAGAAAUGGAUACUCUUCGAAUACAAAUGGAAGAUCGGUUUAUGGCAGCAAAUCCUUCUAAAGUCUCUUAUGAACCAAUUACAACCACAUUAAAACGAAAACAAGAAGAAGUAUCUGCUGUCAUUAUUCAGCGGGCUUUCAGACAUUAUCUUUUAAAGCAAAAAAUUAAAAAAGUUUCAUGUAUGUUUAACCAAGAUAAAGAUAAAGAUGAGGAUGACUUGCCUAUCAAAGAAGAUAUGAUUAUCGAUAAGCUAAAUGAGAACUCCACUCCAGAAAAAACAGAUAUGACCCCUUCCACAACCUCUCCACCUUCAUAUGAUAGCGUAACAAAGCCGGACAAAGAGAAAUAUGAAAAAGACAAAUCAGAAAAAGAAGACAAAGGUAAAGACGUCAGGGAAAGUAAAAAGUAACAAAGAAUUUCAUUGGUGACAAAUAGUUUACAUCCUGAGAAAGUGACAUAUUUGUGUCAACAAGACCCCUUUCUGAGGUCUAUGCCAAACUGACAGUUUUUACUUAUAUAAAUAUAUAUAUAUAAAAUGAUUAUUUAUAUAUAUAUAUAUACUUAAGGUCAGUGCCUAUAACAAGACAGUGACCCCUCGUCAUCAAACUGUGACUCUGUAAAACAGGGUAACAACCUUGACAGGAGGUUAUUGUUUUCAUUACCAGCUGAUGCUGCUGAAGAGGAGACAAAAUGGCUACUCAGACUGUAGGGACCAGUUUUAAAAAAAAGGUGCAAACCUACAAUUUCUGUGUGAUUAACAAAAAACACUUGAGUACAGUAAUUGUAUCCACUGUCUGCAUUUCAACUGCUAUAUUUGCCAUAUUUUUACAAAAAUUGGUGUUGGUGAAUUUAUCAUUUUUUUUUAAUUCACAGGUUGUUUCCUAUUAUCUAUGACUAUUUUUGUAAAUUGGUUUUGAGUUGGGGAAAGAGAAAUGAGGUCCAGAUGUUCUAUGCUUUGAUUCGCUAUAAUGUACAGGCAGAAGUGAUUUGCAUGAAGGCAUGCCCCACUCAUUGUUCAUGCAUGGAAAACACGACACCAGUCGCACAAAGCAAGGGUUUUAACUACUUCCAUGUUUCAGGGUGGCUCCAUAUUUUGAGGUGCUUAAUGAAAGUAUUCAUCUUGUGUCUCAUUCAGACAAAUCUUAAUGUGCCUGUAAAGUCCCAUAGAACCUACAAUAAUAAAACAGAUAUUUUAUUUUUUCACAAGUCAUUAAAUUAUAGUUGAUACCGACUUCUCUGAGAAAAAAUGUUGGCGAUAUAAACUUGAUUUUUUAAAGUGUUCUUCUGUGGAGAACAAAAGACUUAUUUAAUCUAACCUAGAAAAUUGAACUGACCAAAAAACGUCAACCUUUAUAAAGCUGUUUUGCUUCACCCUGCAGUAUCAUUUAGCCAUCUUCUACUCUCAGCAAGGUUGACAUUGUAUGUGUCAAUAAAAUAAUACCAUCUAUGUAAAUAGUUACUUUACCAUGUGGUGCAUGUUUGAGCAAACAAAUAAUGAUCUGAGCACAAUAUUUAUUGCAUCAAAUAUGUACCACGAUAAGUGUAGUUUGCAAGCUUUCAACAGAUAAUAUUAUGUAUUCUGUACCAUAAUAGAUAUUUUGGAGGCUAUCACUGAUGCAUGUUUAUCUUGCCUUUGCUGCUGUAUUUUACUCCUUCCACUGUUCAAAAGUCUAAUAUGGGAAGCCAUAUGUCAGUGGUAAAGUGAAACAAAUUGUUCAACCAGAUGUCAUUCCUUCAUAUCAUCAAGCAAUAGUUUGCAGCUAUUAACGAGCUUCUUGGUUUGCAUUCUUAAAUUUUAAGUGAAUACUGUGCAGUGUAUAGCCAGACUGUACAGGACAUGUUUCAAACUGCUUAAUCUGUUGAAAAUACAUGGGUAGAAUUUUUUAAAGAAAUAUAAAUAUUGUAAAAAUAUCAUUUUAUUUUAUUUUUCAGCAUUUUGUACAUAAAAUCAGAAAUUAAAAUUAUCUUCAGGUUGAUGUCAUAGUCACUUUUGUUACUUUCUGUCCAUAGCACUUUUUAAUCGAAAAACUUCACAAAAUAAGAGGUAAAGGAGAGAAUGAGGUAGUUUUAGGUUUCUGCUUCUUUUUAUUAGUACUGUAUUUUUGCACACAUUUUAAUGUGAAAUAAAUUUCAAAAUUCAGUCCGAAAUGCACUUGCUUCCAAAUAGAUAUAACUUGUAAUUGAAAUGUGGUGGGAAAGAUUUGUUUGAAAUCCUAGCACUGCCUGCGUCAGAAGUUUCAAGGUAGUCUUUUUAUUCAUGGAAUCAUUGAUCUUUACCCGUGUUUGUUUACAUAGACUAUUCUUAUUCUUGUUGAUUCAUGCUGCACUAGAGCUGCUCUAAAUAUACUAUGGGAUAGACAGUGUCUUUUUCACAAGAACUAAGUAGCAAACUUGUAUAACUGAUCACAUCAGGACAUUUUUGUUUCUUACACAAGCAAAAAUUAAAUGUUGAUUCCUCCUUUAACUAAAACUGUUGACUUGUGUGUUGGUGAACUGCAUGCAGGAAAAUGCUAUUACCAUAAAGAACGGUAAACCACAUUACAGUUGAGCCAAAAGAAUAAAGAUUUCUUUUUUUAUUGUA